GUUCUACAGGAAUAGAACAAACUAGGGACUAUAUUUACCUGCUGCUACAACCGUGCUUUUUGCACAAAAUUUCAAAGUCUAGUUCUCAAAUCCUUGUUAAACCAUGGCUUUUGCUUCUCCACAUUCUCUAUGUAUCAUUCUACUUUUCCUGCUGCCAGUUUGUGUUUUAGCUCAAACAUCUCAGAAUAUAUCAUUGAACUCCUCAUUAACUGCAGCACUUGAUAAAAACGAUUCCUGGAAAUCUCCAUCUGGAGAUUUUGCAUUUGGAUUCCAGCAAAUAGAAGCUGGAAUGUUCUUGCUAGCCAUAUGGUUUGACAAAAUACCUGAAAAAACCAUUGUUUGGUCACCCAAAGGUGGAAAUCUGGUGCAACAAGGUUCCACAAUUCAACUUACAACAGAUGGCCAGUUCAGGCUCAAUGACAGCCAAGGAAAGCAAGUGUGGUCAGCUAACUUGGCUGGCUCUGGUAUUGUUUCUUAUGCGGCUAUGCUCGACACUGGGAACUUUGUACUGGCAAGCCAGGACUCCUCCAAUUUGUGGGAAAGUUUUGAUGAGCCGACUGACACAAUACUUCCCACACAAAUAUUAGACGUACGCAGCAGCAGCCUUGUUGCUCGUUAUUCAGAAACGAAUUACUCCAACGGAAGGUUUCGGAUGCGGUUAGAUUCAAAUGGAAAUCUUGUACUUUCUACAGUACAUUUCCCACAGACUUCACCAAAUCGUGAUUACUGGUCAGCUAACAAUAAUGGGGGUGGCUUUCAGGUUACCUUUAACCUGUCUGGCUACAUCUACCUAGAAGCUGAAAAUGGAAGCAUACUCAGCUCUAUAACAUCAUUUAAAGCUUCUACUAGCAACUUCUACCAGCGAGCAAUACUUGAAUAUGAUGGUGUCUUCAGACUAUAUGUGUAUCCAAGGAACAAUAGUGCCACUGAUGGAAAGCCUAUGGCUUGGUCGACGUUAUCUUUUGUCCCAGAAAAUAUUUGCAAUAGCCUCAUAGACCAACAACAAGUCGAAGUUAGUGGGUUUUGCGGGCGCAACAGCUACUGUAUUCAAGGAGAUGAUAAGAGACCUAAAUGCGAUUGCCCACCUGGAUACAUAUAUUCCGAUCCAGAAAAUAAAAUGAAUGGAUGCAAACGGGAUUUUGUCUCACAAGAGUGUAACGGAGACCAAGAUGCAGAUCAUUUUGAUAUGCGGCUGAUGAUGAGCGUAAAUUGGUGGGGAGGGGAUUAUGAACGUCACAAUAACGUUAGUGAGAGUUGGUGUACACAGGAAAAGAAGGAUCAUUCAGCCAUCCGGAGAAAUCCAAGGCGUAAAUUUACGAAGCCUCACUUACAAGGAACUUGAAGGAGCUACAAAUAAUUUUAAAGAAUAGCUUGGAAAUGGUGCUUGUUCAACAGUUUACAAAGGAAUUCUUGCCAUUGAUAACAACCAAUGGUAAGAAUUCUUGAACUCUGUUGAUGUUGUUAGGCCUCUUCUAGAUGUUGGGUGAAGAGUUAGAACUCUACUUCGCGUUCACCAAGCUAAAUUCUUGAACCCUUGUGUGUUUAUGUUUGUUAAGUCUGUUACUUGUUCCAUCUCUAGCUAGUGUCGUGUAUGCUUAUGAAUAAGGUUGACUGCGUUAC